AUGGACCCAAACCCCUAUGGGGACCCCAGCCCCUAUAGGGAACCCAGGCCCUAUGGGGACCCCAACCCCUAUGGAGACUCCAACACCUAUGGGGAGCCCAACCCCUAUGGGGACCCCAGCCCCUAUGGGGACCCCAGCCCCUAUAUGGAGCCCGGCCCCUAUGGGAACCCAAACCCCUAUGGGGACUCCAACACCUAUAGGGACCCCAGGCCCUAUAGGGAGCCCAGCACCUAUAGCGACACCAACACCUAUGGAGACCCCAGCCCCUAUGGGGACCCUGAUGCUUAUGGGGACCCUGAUGCUUACGAGGACCCCGACACCUAUAGAGACCCCGACAUCUAUGGGGAUUCCGACCCCUAUGGGGACCCCUAUGGGGACUCCUAUGGGGAUGCUGACCCUGAUGCCUAUGGGGACAACUAUCCCGAGCCCUAUAGGGACCCGGGCCCAGGAACAGGGGGGUUCCAUAGGGGCAGAGACCCCCAGCCCCGGCCCUGGGACCCCUAUGGGCACCCCCCUACAGGCAGGGAUGCCUAUAGGGUCAGGGACCCCCAUACAAGCCCCUGGGAGCCCUAUAGAGCCCGGGAGGCCCAGACUGACCCCAGGGAGCCCUAUGGGGUCAGAGAGCCCCCCCAGAAUACGUGGGACCCCUAUAGAGCCUAUAGGGUCAAGGACCUCCAGAAUGACCCUAGGGACCCCUAUAGAUCUGGCGACCCCCAGAGUGAGCCCAGCGACCCCUAUAGGGUUAGGGACCCCCAGGACAAUCCCAGGGACCCCUAUAGGGCUGGGGACCCCCAGAGUGAGCCCAGGGACCCCUAUAGGGUCAGGGACCCCCAGGACCACCUCAGGGACCCCUAUAGGGCCCAAGCUCCUGAGAUCGACCCCAUGGAGCCCUAUAGCUCUGGGGACCCCCUCACUGAAUCCAGGGACCCCUAUAGGGCUGAGAACCCCCCCACUGAGCCCAGGGACCCCUAUAGGGCUGAGAACCCCCCCCCUGAGCCCAGGGACCCCUAUAGG